AUGGUAGUGGGUGGCGCGGGUGGUGGUGGGUGCGCGGGGUGCGAGAGGCGGGUGGGGUGGGGGAGGGGCGGGGCACGGCCGGGCCGGCCUGCCGACGCCGCCGCGUCUGGAGCGGCCUCUCAUUCCCGCCGCGAGACCCGUGUCGCGAGCACGUCAUGCUCGUCUCUGCUCCGCCCGCACACGCACGUCGCGCGCGCCGCUGCUCUCGCGCGCAACCACGCGCCAGUGAUGUUACCCGCCCGCUCUGUUGUUAUGUGCCAACGAGAUAUCACGGAUUGCGGAUUUUGUGUAACUAUCGACGUUGGAUGCGUUAAAAUUUCGGGUGGGUCGAGGAGAAUUAUGCGUGGGGCGUGCGCGUGCGCGGUGGUGUGCGCGUUGGUGGCGCUCUGCGCGGCCGCAGGGCUGGACGAGGAAACGCGCGCCGCCGCGGAGAGGCAGCUGCUCGCGCUGCUGGGUCUGCCGCGCCGCCCGCCGCCGCGCCUGCGCCCGCCGCCGCUCGUGCCGCGCGCCAUGCGCCUGCUCUACGACCAGAGGAAAGCCUUCCCCGCCGCCGCCGCUAAUACGGCCCGUUCCUUCUACCACACCCCCACCGAUCUCGACGAACGCUUCCCUGGCGAACAUCGCUUUCGCCUAUUUUUCAACAUAAGCGCCGUCCCGUCCGAUGAAAUAGCUCGGGGUGCGGACCUCACUUUGCAGAGGGCCGUCGGAACUACGGGAAAACAGAGACUGAUGGUCUACGAUGUGGUGAGACCCGGUCGGAAAGGUCAAAGUGAACCAAUCUUGAGGCUCCUAGAUUCGGUACCCCUCCGACCUGGAGAGGGCAUUGUUACCGCGGACGCUCUAGACGCCGCGAGAAGAUGGCUCAAGGAGCCAAAACACAAUCAUGGACUUUUAGUUCGCGUAAUCGAAGACGGUGCGGGGGGUAAUGUAAAAUUUCCACAUGUGCGUGUUCGAAGACGUGCGACGGAUGAGGACGAAGUAUGGCGGACAGUACAGCCUUUGCUUAUGUUAUACACAGAGGACGAACGAGCCAGAGCAGCUAGAGAGCGUGGUGAGACACGGCUCACGCGCAACAAACGCGCAGCUCAGAGAAGAGGUCAUCGCGCACACCACAGGCGUAAAGAGGCGCGAGAAAUUUGUCAGCGUCGGCCGCUAUUUGUUGACUUCGCUGACGUCGGCUGGAGCGACUGGAUCGUCGCCCCGCACGGCUAUGACGCGUACUAUUGCCAAGGAGACUGUCCGUUCCCCCUUGCGGACCAUCUCAAUGGUACGAAUCAUGCGAUUGUACAAACUCUGGUCAAUUCGGUGAACCCCGCGGCGGUACCGAAAGCGUGUUGCGUUCCCACGCAACUUUCUUCUAUAUCUAUGUUAUAUAUGGACGAAGUGAACAAUGUGGUGCUUAAAAAUUAUCAGGACAUGAUGGUAGUGGGCUGUGGAUGCCGA